AUGGCUCCCUUCCGUCUCGACGAGGGCUUUUCGGAGGAUGCGUCAAGUCAAGAUGAACAUGGGCGCAUGUCUGCGGCCACAGCCGCCCGCUUCCAGGAAUGGGUCAUGGCGCAGAAUGAACAGGCGCGCGCCGAGAUUGCAUACGAAGUUUUACGAACACUGCGGACCUCCAAUAUCGCGGCUGUGGUUGAGAGGCUGACGCCGCUCCUGCAUAUCGACCCAUUGGAGAAACUGCCUCCAGAGAUCACUUCACAGAUAUUCUCCUACCUGGAUGCAGAGACCCUGCUGAUCGCUUCACUGGCUUCAAAGACAUGGAGGGCGCGCAUUUUGGACGCGAUGCUGUGGCAGGACCUGUACAAGAAGGAGGGUUGGGGCCUAAACACAAAGGAGAUCAGACAGUUUGAAAGCGCUCUCAUGCGACAAGAGUUUAAAAAGGCAAGAACACAGUUGCCGGGCCAGCCUCAGCUGAAGAAACGAGCAACCUCCGACUGGUUGGAGUCGAGAGGACGUAAAGUCUCUGCGGACGUCUCUCAGUGGCGAGAGCAGCAUGGCGUGAUCGAGGCCGACACAGACAUGCAAUCCGAAUCGACUGAUGACCAGGAAAUGCAAGACGCUCCCACCAGCAUUCAGAACUCUCCACAGCGGCCAAACAAGAGACAAAGUGCAGACUCGGGCGAUGAGAUGGACUAUUUGUCGGAUGCACUCCCUGGAGAGGACGCUCAUUCAGGGAGCAGAAGCGGCCGCUCCCUCGACCCUCCGAUCAAGACACGACUCGUCACCCAUGAUGGCAAUGGCGAGGAAAGACUGAACUGGAUCCAUCUUUACAAGCAGCGCCAGAAGCUUGAACAGAACUGGACCAAAGGUCGGUAUGCUACCUUCCAGCUCCCUCAUCCCUCAUACCCUCAGGAAGCACAUACCGAGUGUGUCUACACCGUCCAAUUCUAUGGGAAAUGGUUGGUGAGCGGCAGUCGGGACAAGACGCUACGAGUUUGGGACCUUGAGACCCGUCGGUUAAGGGGAAAGCCUCUAUCUGGCCACUCUCAGUCGGUGCUGUGUCUUCAAUUCGACCCGACUGAGAAAGAAGAUGUCAUCAUUUCCGGCAGCAGUGACGCCAGCGUCAUAAUCUGGCGGUUCUCGACCGGCCAGAAGAUCCACGAAAUCCCCUCCGCACACGAAGAGUCCGUUCUGAAUCUGAGAUUCGACCAUCGAUAUUUAGUCACCUGCUCGAAAGAUCGACGCAUCAAAAUCUGGAACCGAAAAGUCUUGGCCGCGACGGACAAAGACUACCCUGAGAUCGGGCGCGACAGUCAAGCACGGGUACCGUCAUACAUCGUCAACACGGCGGAGAUGGAGCCGUCUCUCUUAGAGGCCAGACUCGCCAACGGCACGAUCCGAGCCCUGAAACCAUAUAUGCUCCUCCUGACCCUGGAAGGACACAGUGCGGCCGUCAACGCCAUUCAGAUCAACGGCGAUCUCAUUGUGUCUGCCUCGGGUGAUAGGCUCAUCAAAGUCUGGAAUGCCAAGAAUGGAAAGCUGCUCCGAACGCUACAGGGUCAUCAGAAGGGAAUCGCUUGCGUCCAGUUUGACAGCAAACGAAUCGUCAGUGGGAGUAGUGACAACACCGUACGGAUAUAUGACCCCUAUACCAGCGCCGAGGUGGCCGAGCUUAAAGGGCACACCAAUCUUGUGCGGACCGUACAAGCUGGAUUUGGUGAUCUCCCGGGCAGUGACGAGGAGGACUCGACCCAAGCAAGAGCGGCUGAAAGGAAAUACCUCGAAGAUCUUGCGCAAGGUAAUAUUGUCGAAGACAGAGGACACAAUCGACGCGUCAGGAGUGGUGUUGAAGGAACUUCUCGACUCGCAUUGGGUUCCAGAUUACCUCCCGGUGGAGGUGGCAGCAAAUGGGGCCGGAUCGUCUCGGGCUCAUACGACGAGACAAUCAUUAUAUGGCGCAAGAAUGCCUCGGGAGAUUGGGUUAUUGGACAAGUGUUACGGCAAGAGUCGCCGUCGGAAAACGAAAACACGCGCUCUCGCUCACGACACAACGCCGCCGCUGGUCACCCUGCUGUACAGCACCACCCGCUACCAGUGAUGCAUCCACCUCCGAACUUGGCUCCGCCCACGACGUCGCAUCCGCCUCCACCACUCCAACUGGUGCCUCCCGCCAGCACCGGACCUGCUGGCGCAGCUCAUCCGGCCGUCGCGACAGCGUCUCACAUUGUCCAGCAAGCAAUGGGGACGUCGAUCGCCAGUCUUGGUGCAGGUCUUUCCAACGUCAUGAGCAUAGGCAGAGUGCUGAAUGGGUCAGCCGGCCCUGGAGCUCCACGGAACAGCCUGAAUUUCACUGGCAGCUUUAGCUCCAGCUCUACAAUCAACGGAAACAGUGCACAAAGUCUAGCACAGGCCACUGCGGCGCACACUCAGGCAGCUGUCUCCCAAAUUGUGCAGAACGCUAUCAUGCAGGCCCGGUCUCAGCAAACGCAGAAUCAGCAGUCAUCCAAUGCCAACACGGGGACGUCAACGGGUAGUCAAAACCAAGCUCAGCAGCAACAGCAGCAACAGAACCCUCUUCCACAUCAUCCAGCUCCUGCUCCUGCUCCUGCUCACCCUCAACCAGGACUGGCCCCCGCAGCAGCUAUAGCGCAACCGCAAGUAGCUCUCCAGCAAGCCCAGCCGCCCCAAAUAAACGCAGCUCAAGCUCCAGCUCCCGCGAAUAAUAACCAAAAUGCCGCCGGCAACGGCAACAUCGCAGAUGGCAGUAACAACACGAACGGGGCAAACAACCAAAAUAAUGCCGUCUCUCGCGUGUUCAAACUGCAGUUCGACACCCGUCAAAUUGUGUGCUGUUCGCAGGACAGCCGCAUUGUCGGGUGGGACUUUGCCAAUGGGGAUCCCGAGAUUAUUGAGGCUUGUAGAUUCUUUGUCGGGCCGUGA